UGAAAGAGCUUUUCUUGAAAUACGUACUGAAAGAAUGAUUUUCUCCAGAAGACCUCGUGCCCCGAUCUGUGGCUCGAAGAUCCUGGACCUGGACCCAUCCAGCCAGGGUGACGGACCACUGUCGCGACGCAGUCGCAUCGACUGGCCACUCCUCCAUCCUAGCGACAGUUCAGGAAGAGAGAACAAGGGAGAAAAGUUUGUAAGCGCGCCUGUGCGAUACGCCCCUCCCGGGGCAAUUCUGACGCUGUUCUUAUUGCCGCUGCAGCCGUUGGUGCAUCGUUAGUGCAGUUAGCUCGCGCGAAGGGGGCGCCCAGAAAAUAUUCGUGAUUCUUUGGCAUCGCUAGUUAAGUAUUCCGACGGCCUCGUUCUCCACAUCAUCGUCUUUCUGCACGGCUGCCGCGCCGCCCUCAGGAAUCAGAAAGGACUGCGACCUUGGGCCGGGUCCCAUCGUGGCCCUUGCCACUACGGGCUAUUCAUAAUCCAAGAUGGCGGACGGCGGACGCCGCAAGGAGGCUGCCAAGGAGACGAGGGCGCUCCGUCGUUCCGAACCGAACCCACGCUGAGGGCGCCGGAAGUGGUGAGCCGGCGCCCAUCCCCGGCGAUCCCUAGACGGCAAAUUUUUAUGUCAUGAUAACUCAACCGGAAUUUAAUAUUAACUCCAGUCUGAUGCGAUCGAAGUUGCUAAAGCACACGUGCGCACGCCUGGGCUGCUCAACGAAAAUCUGUUCCAGACUUACGUGUUCUGUGUUAUUUCAUUGUCAUGGCGGUACACCACGAGAAUGGGGUGAUACGGAUAUAAAUGCGAAAUGAACGUUGACGCCACAACUUGGCAACGACGUAUCAGCGCACCUAGAAAAGCAAACAUCAAAGAAGAGACUGGCUUGAAGAAACUUCUCAAAAAAGCCAGCUUUCCUUCAGUGACUUCCCGUCGCUGAUUAUCUACCCCCGAAUCUCUUGAGCUUUGUUACUUUUCUGCUUACAUCACUAUCGACACGGAUCAGUCACUCAAUACAACAAACGUUACUGACAUUAAACAUAGAAGAUGGCUACCAUGCCCGGGAUUGGUUACACCUCCGUUAAGGACUUCUAUCGACAUCGUUCAAUCUUCAUCACUGGUGGCACUGGCUUUAUGGGUAAAGUCCUCGUAGAAAAGCUUCUACGGUCCUGCCCCGAUAUCAAGAAUAUUUAUCUCCUUAUGAGACCCAAAAGAGGUCAGAACGUGCAGCAGAGGCUACGAAAGCUCCUUGAUGCACCGCUGUUCGAAAAGCUGCGUCAGAACUGUCCCGGAAAAUUAUUGAAAAUCGUGCCAGUGGCCGGCGAUGUCACAGAAUCUGAGCUGGGAAUUUCCGACGCUGACCAGGAACUUCUCAUUCGCUGCGUUUCCGUGGUAUUUCACUCGGCUGCAACUGUAAAGUUCGAUGAGGCUCUUAAACUCUCUGUCACCAUUAAUAUGCUCGGCACAAAACGUCUCGUCCAGCUCUGCCACCGCAUGCAUAAUCUUGAGGCGCUUAUCCACGUAUCGACAGCAUACUGUAAUUGUGACCGCACAGAUGUCGACGAAUUAAUCUAUCCAGCGCCCCAUUGUCCGGAGCAGAUAAUAGCAUGCACCUCUUGGAUGGAUGACGGCCUCGUCGAAGAGCUGACUCCUAAACUGAUAGCCAACAGGCCCAACACCUAUACAUUUACAAAAGCUCUAGCAGAGAGUAUGCUUCAAACGGACAGCGGUAGUCUGCCCGUCGCUAUCGUAAGGCCGUCUAUCGUGUUGUCAUCCUUUCGCGAACCUGUAGCCGGAUGGGUCGACAAUUGGAAUGGACCCACCGGUAUCAUCGCUGCGGCUGGUAAAGGCUUCUUCAGAACAAUGCUGUGCCACGAAGACAAAGUUGCUGACCUCGUGCCUGUGGAUAUAGUAAUUAAUUUGAUGAUUGUAGCAGCGUGGCGAACAGCCAUUCACCGUACGGACUCCAUCACCGUAUAUAACUGUAGCACUGGUCAACAGAAUCCAAUCACCUGGAAACACUUCGUGGAUUUGUCAUUUAAGUAUAGCCGUAUGUACCCAACGAAUGGAGCGAUCUGGUAUCCGGGUGGACGCUGCCGGAACUCAGCCUACCUCAAUCGCAUCUGCGUCACCUUUCAGCACCUUGUACCCGCAUACACCCUUGAUUUGCUUGCAAAUUUGCGCGGUCGGAAACCGAUAAUGGUGCGCAUCCAGGCGAAGCUCGAUAAGGCUGCCAAGUGCCUCGAGUACUUUAGCACACAACAGUGGAGAUUCAAGGACGAGAACGUCAAACGACUGGGACAAGAACUUAGUGCGGAAGAUAGAGAAACCUUCAUGUUCGAUGUACGAGAAAUACAUUGGCCCUCUUAUCUUGAAAAUUACAUUCUCGGAAUAAGGCAAUUCAUACUCAAGGAGAGUCCUGAAACACUGCCAGCUGCUCGUACUCAUAUUAUGAGAUUGUACUGGCUGCACAAAGCCGUUCAAAUGGGCACGAUGCUGAUUGUAAUGCGGCUCCUCUUAUCCCACAAUACCUGGGCUCGAACCGCGUGGUUCUCCCUUUUGUCUUUCGUAUUGCGUAUGUGUCGCAUGAUUGUUUGACGAAUCAACAGUAGCGCGAUACCGAAUAAGACGCCGCAUAAGAUCACUAGCAACAACUUCGAAUGGACGACUAAUAAUAAACAAAAAAGUAAUAAUAAGAAUAGGGUACAGAUGCUAAACGACGUCAGCAACGACCAUCAAAAACAUGAUAAUUAUAAUAGUAGUGAUAGUAAGAGUAAUUUAAUACUGACGAUGAGAAUCCUCGUUGAUGCCUCAACGCCUCGUCAUCGUUUAUGCAGUUUUCACGGUUGGCUUGUACCAACGAUCGUGUUCACAUACGUCCUAGCAACUUGAGGCAUUAUUGUUUGAAACAAAUAUAAAUCGCCGUGAUGUAAAAAUACUUUCCAAUAAUUGUAAUUGCAACAAUAGUAGUGGCUAUAACUACAGCAGAAACAGCAAUAAGAUCAAUAUCAAUAAGAAGAAAAGAUAUUAAGAGGCAUAAUAACUGAAUUACAAAUCUGCAUCGAACCUCACAAAUAGGUAAAAAUAAAAAAUAAGUAUUAAAUAAAAUACCGAAAAUACAAAAAUACACGUAAAAACGUAUAAAUAUGGAAUUGGAUCGUCAUUUUUUGAGCUUUAUACGGAAUAAAGAAAUACAAAGUAUUAAAUAGCUCCUGUAAUUGUCUGCGAAAGAAUAAAAUAAUGAAAGUAGAAAAAGAGAGAAUGUGUGCGUGUAUGCAUGUUUGCUUGUGUGCACGUGGGUGUGCAUUGUUUACGUAUGCGAAUAUUUGUAAAGUUAUAAAAUAAAAAAGUAAAAUAGUAAAUAAAAAUCAUACGAAUUGUGGUAAAAAAGUAGCUUCCAGUACCAAAAAUACAUACACAAAAAUAAAAAAAAGAAGUAUACUUAAAGAUCCGACAAGCUUCGUAGUGCAUUUUUGUAGCAUGUCGACGUUAAGGUCAGAGUAAAUAAUAAAAAAUAAGUGCAAGAUCUUCGAUGUAAUUUACUCUUCUCGGGAAAUAAUGCAUAUAUUUAAUGCAGCUAACCGCUGACAGUUAAAAUCAGAAUUAAUGAAUACGAAAACGAGGGAAAGAAACAAAUAUAAAGUUAAAAAUAUUAAGAAGGCAAAUUGUACGCUUCCGAUACAAAUAUGGCGCC